CUUAGCCCCGCCUCCUCCAUAAACCAGGAAGAUAACCUCACCGAAACCCGUCUUGGUAACGUGAAAACGUCGCUGUGUGCCGGAGAAAAGCAGUAGCAGCAGACAGACUUACAGCUGAGUUACAUCGACAGGAAGAUAAACAGCAAAUUUCUAGAUUGAACAGCAGCUGCGUUCCUUUUAACCGAACAUAGCAGCCUUUUUAGCUCGGUUAAUUAGCUUGUUUGCUAACUUUAAUAGAGACUCUUGGAGAGCUUGCGCAAGACGCCUUAGCGAGUCAUCUCGAUUUUAAACCUCCGUUAACAUCUCACCAUGGGAUCCAGAGCGUCCAGAUUACUCCGAGAAGAGGAAAUUGAAGAAAUUAAGAAGGAAACUGGCUUUUCCCACAGUCAGAUCACUCGCCUGUACAGCCGUUUCACCAGCCUGGAUAAAGGGGAAAACGGCACCCUCAGUCGAGAAGAUUUCCAGAGAAUCCCAGAGUUGGCCAUUAACCCUCUGGGAGAUAGAAUCAUCAACGCGUUCUUUCCUGAGGGAGAGGACCAGGUAAAUUUCCGGGGUUUCAUGCGGACCCUGGCUCACUUCAGACCAAUCGAAGACAACGAGAAGAACAAGAACCCCUCAGCUACUGAGCCCCUGAACAGCAGGACAAACAAGCUGCUCUUUGCUUUCCGUCUGUAUGACCUGGACAGAGAUGACAAGAUCUCCCGAGAUGAGCUCCUGCAGGUCUUGCGGAUGAUGGUUGGAGUUAACAUUUCAGAUGAACAACUCGGCAGCAUUGCUGAUAGGACCAUCCAGGAGGCUGACACAAACGGAGAUAGCUGCAUUUCCUUCAAUGAGUUUAUCAAGGUCUUGGAAAAAGUGGAUGUGGAACAGAAGAUGAGCAUCCGGUUCCUGCACUAAAGUUUCAUUAUUGUUAUCAUUUUUUUUGUAAUCCUAUUUAGAGUAGCGCUUGAACAUGUCAGUUGAUUUCAGGACACAAUCUCAUCCGGCUUCUCAACGAGCUGCUGUGGCCCACGCUAUGGGUUCAUUCCUUCAGGCCAAGCAUUGGGUGGAUACCAUAAUAAAUCUUGAGUUUCGGCCUUUGCACUGCUCUGUAAACAAAGGGAAAAGUUGCAUGCCUUGGGUUGUUUAUGCAAUGUCACUAUGUAUUUUUUUUCCCAGUAAUGAUACAUUAUUUAUUAGGAAACUUUUUAGAGGAUCAUAGUAAUUACCACUUCUGUUCAUUUUUCACAUGAAAAAUAUAUAUUUAUAGCAUGGCAGAUUAACUUUUUGCUAUCGCAGUAGGUAAGUUUAUAAGUUUAAUCAUGCUGCUCCACUGAUAUUUAGCCCAUGCUGCAUCUUUGUCCAUAUAAAUAUGCAAAGAUUCAAAAUUGUGUGAUUCCACUUCAAAAUGUCAGUGUUUUUAAUGCCAUCAUGAUGUUAUGAAUUUUUUCCUUUGAUCGAGCCAGACCAGCCAAUCCGAGUUUGUCUCUUGAAGCAAAAUCGGACUGACCUGUUCCUCAGGUUCUUGUGUAACUCACUGAAGUGUCUGGUUCCCCUUUGUAAGUUAUUAGCUAAACAGUAACCCAUGGCCAUGUUUGUGUACUGUUUCAUAUAAUUAACAGAGCUGCUGCCAGUAGAAUCUAAAGCUACUUUUAGCUGCUCCCGUAUUUACAGUGGGUAGGACCACAUGUUUGAUGUUGGCAGUUUUUAAGCCGGAUGCCCUUCACGACUGGGAUCAAACCCUGGAAUCUCACUUGUUAGAUGAAUGUGUAAACCACUACACCGUGGAUCAACUGCUACCUGUAGACUCAAAUUAUGGGCCUGUUGGAGCCACUGCUGGUUUAAAGGAGUGCCUCACUCAAUUAGAGGUGAGAACGGUGGCAUGGAGAUUUCAAAAAUGCUGGUGUCUCAUCAGUAUGUGAGACUUUCACAGCAGGUUUUUUGAUAUCCUUAAAAAGUAUCUGCCACCUGGACCAGCCCUCAAAGGCUUUAAGACUUAAAGAAGGCCUUGCUAUGAGUACUGUGUUGGAAAUUGGGCUGUGGGAUCAGCUAGUCUGUAGACUUAGAGCAGGCAAAGAUAACAUACUGUGCUUUUAUUCAUUUGAUCAGUUUCCCUGCAGCUAAGGAAAAAUGCUGAUUUCUCCUCUGCUCUGUAUUUCUUAGAAUGACUUUCCUCACUGACCAGCGCCUGAUGCAUUGGGCAUGUUAUUUUUUGGGACAUGUCACUGUGCAUGACCCCUUUUAAAUCUUUAAUGUGAGUCUGUGAAGUCAUUACUAGAGCACCCUCCAGUGCAGGAAACGCAGCUCAACCAUUUUAUCAAUCAUUCUGUGAUCAUCAGUCAGAUGUGAAUCACGUUAUGUGAUGUUGGUCGAGGUAUUAUCAAAGUGAUUCAGGAAUUUGAUUUGAAUAAAAAUAAGUGCCAUGCUU